AAAAACAUGUCAAGUAUCCGUGGAGGGGAAUGGUUUCGACAAGAAUAGAGAUUGUGUCAGACUGCAGACAAUAAGAUAAACAAAACUGGUUUGUAAUACAUAUUGAGUCAUAGCGCUUGCUGUGCAAUCGACCGAGGUCGCAUAACAUCAGUAUUACUAAACCACCGAACCAAACGGCAAACGCCCUUUUGACUCGAAUAGAUCGUGUCGUCCUCAAUAAAGAUGUCCCAGCCAAAACACACCCCUUUUCAAUGCACGCCUACGGUUUUCCCGGCGAAAAAUUUCGACGCUCAGAAAGAUGCAGCUACCCUGGUCAAUGUUGUAAAAGGCAACGGCACCGAACAGGACAUCAUCGAUGUCAUCACGAAAAGAACCAGCGUUCAACGGCUUGAAAUCAUCGAAGCUUACAAGACGACCCUUCAUGGAGGCGAUCUUGUUUCUCAUCUCAAAAAAAAGCUUGGAGGUAAAUUUGAAGAUGUGAUCAUUGCCUUGUUGACACCUUUGCCCGAAUUCUAUGCUGAUGAAAUGCAUAAAGCCAUCUCUGGCUUGGGAACUGAUGAGGAUGCCAUCAUCGAGAUCUUAUGUACACUUAGCAACUUUGGCAUCAAAACAAUUGCUGGAUAUUAUGAACAGAAAUAUGGAAAGUCGAUGGAAAGUGCCCUGAAAGGAGACACAUCUGGACAUUUCAAGCACCUCUGUGUCUCUAUGUCCUUGGGAAAUCGUGAUGAAAAUGAUAAUGUGGAUGACGCCCUUGUAAAUACUGAUGCUGAGGCUCUUCAUGCAGCCGGAGAAGCAAAAAAAUGGGGAACCGAUGAGUCAGUUUUUAAUAAAAUCCUUGUUACUAGGAGUUACCAACAUUUAAGAAAAGUAUUCCAAAGAUAUGAGGUAAUAUCAGGAAAUGAUAUUGAAGUGGCAGUUGAAAAAGAAUUCUCUGGGAAUGUUAAGGAUGGCCUUCUUGGAAUUAUCAAAUGUGUCAAAAGUAAAGUUGGUUUUCUUGCCGAAAGACUGUACAAAAGUAUGAAAGGCUUAGGUACCAAUGACAAAACGCUUAUAAGAAUCAUUGUAACAAGAUCGGAAAUUGAUUUAGGAGAUAUUAAAAAAGUGUUUGAGGAAAAGUAUGGCAAGUCCCUUGAAAGCUGGAUCAUUGAUGAUACUUCUGGCAAUUACAAGAAAGCGUUGGUUUCAAUUGUGAGCUGAAAGCAUUAAAAAAAAAGCCAGUGGAUUUGAACGCAUAAUCAAAAUUUGCUUUAUAUUGCUAUUAAAAGUAUAUUAUUAUUUUUUAAAUUUUAUACAAAAGCUGCCGAAUAUUAAAUAUUCAAAACUGCUGCAAUUUGAAGGAUAAUUAUUUUUUAAAUGAGCUGUUAUUCAAUUUUGCAAUCUGUUGCCUUGAAAAAUUAAUUAUGUUAUUAAUUGUAAACAUUUUAAAUCAAUAAAUCUCACGAAUUAUGAAAUA